AUGUCACUCUCCUCGCGGAUGUAUACGCGCUCACCGAAUUUCUGCUUUCUGAUUUGCCACCUGACGACACCACCGAACUACCUCGCCCACAUCGUGGUCCUUCGGCCGAAUCAUCACGUCGUCGACAAGCAAACCGCUUGCCGUGGCACUAUUUGUGAGAUAGAGGGCUGUAAUCAACCCCAUCAUCGUUUGCUGCACUGGAGUAAGCCACAAAAUGAAAAACCCGAAACUGAGAAUGAAGAGGAGGAUGAGUAUCCCAACCCUGAAACAGUGACUCAUAUGGUGGCAUCCCACUGUCACAAGGUGCUUUUGAAAGCGGUGCCGCUCACUCUUCACGGGCCCAACGGAAGUUUGCAUACGCAUGCCAUACUGGACGAUGGAGCGACCGUGACCUUGAUAUCAGCUGACAUCGCAGACGAGCUAGGAUUGCAGGGCGAGAACGUUAUUAUGCGCGCUCGCAGUGCAUGGGACUCAGGCGAGCUAGUGUGUCAAUCGAAAGAAAAAUGU